UCUCGUCAGUGACAUUGGCUACGUAGUUUAUGUUCAUAAAGUGAACAUAGAGGCGCUUCAAAAGCGUUAUGGGAAAAUCGCUAUUACCGCUCUUUGGUUUCUCUCUGGUUAGAGUUAUAUGCCUCGAAAAUUUAGUGAACUUUAAUAUUUACUGGAUGAAACUGUAAAGGGCACAUGGGUGGCUCAAAACGUCGCAAAUCGCGUACGACCGGACCGGUUGAUAACGCAUGGUCGUUAAAAAUACCACAAUUCAAGAAGGAGGAUAAUCCUCAUCGCUUGCUAGAAGAGAGCUCAUUCGCGACUUUAUUCCCAAAAUAUCGGGAGCAAUAUUUAAAGGAACAUUGGUCAUUGAUUCAGAAAGCGCUGGAAGAGCAUGCCAUUACGGCCGAACUUGACCUUGUCGAAGGUAGCAUGACAGUGAAAACUACCAGGAAAACAUGGGAUCCAUAUAUCAUCAUCAAAGCACGCGACAUGAUCAAACUCCUGUCACGAUCGGUUCCUUAUGAACAGGCGAUGAAAGUUCUUCAAGAUGAGAUUUCUGCUGACAUUAUAAAAAUAUCUUCCUUAAUCAGGGACAAGGAAAAGUUUGUCAAGAGGAGGCAAAGACUCAUUGGACCAAAUGGAAGUACUUUGAAAGCUAUUGAGCUGCUCACCAACUGUUAUGUUUUAGUUCAAGGGCAGACUGUAGCAGCAUUAGGUCCUUACAAAGGUCUCCAGCAAGUGAGGCGAAUAGCGGAAGAUACUAUGAAAAACAUUCAUCCUAUUUACAAUAUCAAGGCAUUAAUGAUCAAAAGAGAACUUGCCAAGGAUCCAAAGCUAACUAAUGAAAAUUGGGAUCGAUUCUUGCCUAAAUUCAAUAAUAAGAACAUAAACAAACGCAAACAACCGAGAAAAAAGAAAGAGAAGAAACCAUAUACUACAUUCCCGCCACUUCCACAAGAAAGUAAACUUGAUAAACAGAUAGCAACUGGCGAAUACUUCUUGAAUGAGGAGCAGAAGAGAGCAAAGAGAAAGAAGGAACAAGAUGCUAGGCAUGAAGAGGCAACUAAGAGAAGACAGGAACGUAGAGCUCAAGCAUUUGUCCCACCUGAAGAAAAACCUGUUGAAAAUAAAAUAACAAAAACUGAAAUAGACAUUAAAGAAAUAAAAAAGAAAGUUGAAAAAGGACUGAAGAAGGUUCAAUAUAACACAAAACUAGACUAGAAAUAGAUAUAUUUGUUAUAUAUGUCACAUAAAGGUUUUUA